UAUAAAAACUGUAAACUAGUAUAAAGAAUGAAAAGAUAAUAUGCAAGGAAACAUAAGCUGAACACACUUUGAGCUCCGCCGAGCAAGAUGGUAAUCAGCUGUUUCAAGAUGACAGCUGAUCCGGUACGUGGUGCGUAGUGCGGCGUGAUGAAAUAAUUACGAGAUCAUAUUGUGAUAAGAAGAGAUAACAGCACAAAAAUGGCUACAAGAAAUUUAACUGAGCCCUUCAUUUUAAUGCGAAACAAUGCUGUCCAGAGUAGGCACAUUUAUGCUGAACAAAAUCUUACUGAUAUUGUAGCACUGGUGGAAUCAGAUUCUGACGUAUCCAACAAUGUCGAACUGAAGGGUAUGAAUAAUGAUGCACCUCCCGCCUGGGCAGAUGCCUUAGAAGAAACACAAUACAUCCUAAGCAGAUUACGGGUGAAAAUAGACAGUUUGGUCGAGCUACACUCUAAACAGCUCACCAGGCCUACCCUGGAUGAUACAUCUCAGGAAGAAAGACAAAUGGAACAACUAACACGAGAGAUUGGACGUGCAUUCUCCAAUGGCUACAGACAAGUACAAACAAUUAAGUCAGCUGGCAGACACGAAACUAAGCCCGCAGAACGUCGGCUAGCUAAUAGUGCAGUAAUGGCACUUUCGACUGCAUUACAGGAGUUAGGUCUUCGAUAUAGAACUGCACAGAACCAUUAUCUGACACAGGUGAAAUCAAGAGAAGAGAGGAAUAAUCAAUUCUUCGCAGAAGAUCAAUCUCUUUUAAAUAGUAUAGCAACCGAUUCUUGGGUGACAGAAUUGAACGAGGCAGCUGGUAAUAAUUGGCAAAAAAAUGAGCAAAGACAGGAUUCGGUUUUAUUGCAGUUGGAGGAGCCGGAAGAUAGAAUGAAAUUAGCAAUGGAAAGAGAGGACCAGAUUGGAAGUAUAGUUCAAAGUAUAGCAGAUUUAAAACAUAUUUUUAAGGAUCUUGCAGUAAUGGUACAGGAUCAGGGUACUAUUUUAGAUCGAAUCGAUUACAAUAUAGAGCAAACGCAAGUACAAGUACAAGAAGGUUAUAAACAAUUGAAGAAAGCUGACUCAUAUCAGAAGGCUAAUAAAAAACUAUAUUGUAUCGUGAUUCUCGCGGCUGCUAUUAUACUACUUAGCUUCUUGUUCGUCAUAUUUAAGACGUAG